AUGAUCACAGCCUUGCCGACAUCUGACUCAGACAUUCAUCUGGCGGCCAGCCACUUUAAGUACCCAUGGUUGAACAUGACGUUGAGCAACCUAGAGGCUGUCUGCCAAAGACCAGAAGACUCGGCGUUGUAUAACUGCACUGUCCAAUUCGAUUUCUACGACUUCAACACGGAGGGUGUCGUCGAUGUUAACGGAGCUCAUUGCAAUGCUACUUGGCAAUGGGACGGGAUCACCCCGGACAAUGGCCCAGACAAUGACUUCCCGAGCAACGGCGCUGUGUGCUGGAGUGCGGCAUCCAACGCAUUCAUGUUCAAGGUCGUCGAGUUCAGGUCAGCGUCGAACUUCAUGAUGUCUGUCAGCCAUCUGUACAGGGAUACGAGGUAUUUCAACUUCCCAUGGGACGGCCGUAAGGCCAUAGUUGAGAUUAAGAUCCCGGACAACCACCCGUCUCCGCCGUACGCCCCGUACAUGCCUCCCGUCAACCAAUUCGAAUUCAUCGCCACGGCAACGAUUUCAAAGCGCACAGACGGACUGUCGUAG